CUAAUUAGCUAUUGUCACGGAGACUCAGACAAACAAAGCGAAAAAGAUGGCGACCGCCAAGCCUUAUCGUGCGGCAAGUUUGUCUGAUCUGCCAAACAAUUUCCAGUUGGGGUAUCUUAAUUGUGAAAUUUCUUUGAAAUGCAAGCAGACUGGUUUCAAAUAUUUCAGCGAGGGAUACAUUCAUAAUGUGAAAAUGUUGAAACAAGUCGUUGAGCAGACAGUAAACAUCUCCGCAAAAUGUCAUAGAAGUCAACGAAAGAACGAGAUCCCACACAGUGUUGAGAUCGAUGUUAAUGGAGGACAGAUAGAACUUUCCAACUGUUCAUGCACUGCAGGUCUGAGUGGAUGCUGUUCCCAUAUUGUGGGCUUAAUACAAGGAUUAGUUCAAUGGCAAAUGAUGGGUCUUACAGAGCCACCUGCAGAAUUAUGCUGCACUAGUUUACCACAGCAAUGGGGAAAGCCACGUGGGAAAGAGAUUAAAGCUGUUCCUGCUCCAAGCAUGAUUAUUGUCAAACCAAAGAUGGACAGAAAAAGAAAGCCAUUGAAAAAUUCAUUGAUUGACAAUAGGAAGAUCCAAGUAAAAGAAUCAGACAUUUCAUAUCUGAACAGCUUAAAAGGUUAUCCCAUCAGCUAUCUAGCACACAACACACCAGUCAUGCAGGACACAAGUUAUGGACCCUUUCCACUUGGAAGUGCAUUAAGUACUCAAGCAGACUUUUAUUCACAGAGAGAGAUAGUUCCAGUGGAAACUGUUUGUGGAGAUUUAGUUUUUCCGAAAGAAAAUGGUCAAUCUGUUUUAUCAGAAAAAUACAACACUUUGAUAGACACCAUUUCAAAUGAUGAAGUAAACAUUAUAGAAGAACAGACCAGAGAACAAGCUCAAUGUGAAAAGUGGUUCAAGGAAAGAGAAAAGAGAAUAACAGCAUCAAACUUUCAUAGAAUUGUCAAAAGAAAAGCUGCAAUUAAUGACAAGUUCAUUCUUUCCAUAAUGAAGCCAAAGCCUUUCACUAGUAAAGCAACAUCAUAUGGAAGAAACAAUGAAAUAAAAGCUAGAAACUCAUAUGUUCAAACUUCUGGCCAUCAUGUUCAUGAUUGUGGGUUUGUAGUUAACCCGAGGUACCCUUUUAUUGGUGCUACUCCAGAUGCCAAAAUAUGUGACAAUGGUGUAACUGGAAUUAUGGAAAUUAAAUGUCCAUUUAGCCAAAGAGAUAACCUAAUCACUGACGCAAUGCAGGGUGCAGACUUUUGUUUAGAGUUGUCUGAAAAUGGACCGAAAUUAAAAAUCAGUCAUGAUUAUUUUAUUCAGGUACAAGGUCAAUUACUUGUAACAGGUUCUCAGUUUUGUGAUUUUGUAGUCUAUACAAAGAAGGACAUCCAUAUUGAAAGAAUUUAUCCAGACAAAGCUGUAAUGCAAAACAUUCUUAAUAAGCUUGCAGACUUUUAUUUUGAUCAUGUACAUUUAUAAUUUUAUUCAGUGUGUAAGAAGUUUCUUGCAGGUUAAUUCAUUUCAUGUUUGACAAAAAAAAAUCAUUUAUAAGAAUACUAGUUGUGUCAUUGGCAUUCAUAUCACAUUCUUAUUUAUAUAUUACAAUGUUUUAGGUGAAAUAAAAAAAAUGUACAACUUAUAUAAAUGAUAAAAUGAAUCAGAAAAGCAUUACUUUAGGAAUAAAUAUAUAAUUGGAAAAUUUUAUAGGUUUAAUGCAAAGAACUCCUUAUCAAGAUAUUUGAUGUUAAGGAAAUGGCAGGGAAAGGAUUUCUCAGACUUUAACCUUAUAUAUUUGGCUUUUGUAUUAUUUGGGUCACAAAUUGUAAGAAAAGAAAUCUUCAGUUUGCUUAUAUUUUGUAAAUGAUCAUUUAAAUAUUUCUAUAAAAAGAAAAGUGUGUGAUGGGGCAAAAUAUUUAACCCUAUGUCUUAGCUAGGGGAAACGCAAGAAGUUCGAAAAUUUGACAAGGAAAAAAAACUGUUUGCAGGAUGUUAAAAGCAUAAUUUUUAAUUAUUAUAUUGGAAGUUAAAGUUGUACCUAACACUUAUUUAAGUUCAGGGGAUUAA